AUGAACUGUUACAUGUUUCUCUUCCCUUUUGUUUUGAUACUAUGUCAACGACUUGCAGCAACAAGUGUUGUUGAGAUUCCAGUAACACCUUCUAUGGUGGCAUUGUGUAGGCAAUGUUUUCCUUGUUUAUAAAUAUAAAAUUAACGUGUAACCUUUGCAAGUUUACAGCCGACACUUUAUUCGUUGGGACGGGGAAACAAGAGAUGGCUUUUCAGUUUUCCUUGACGACCUCUGAGAUCAGCAUUUCUGAUGCGGAAUGCAACAACACCUACGGGAAAUGCGGAAAAUAUUGCAACCUACGUGAGCACAAUAACUAAUAACGCAGUAAUGCCCCCACGUUUAGCCACUUUCUGCUCGCUAUACUGUAGUCCAAUGUGCUGCAUUAUGGACACGUGGGUGGAAACACGUUGUGAUACACUAUACAACAAGUAUUUGCAUAAUUCGUCGAAAUUGAAGAUCCUCAACGAUUACUGGAAGUCAGCGGACGGCCAAUCACUUGGCGUUUGGGCUGAAGACCAAAUAUUUUUCAAAGAUUCGGCCAGGAAAACAAUGGAUUUGGGUACCUUGAAAAUGGCGUUAAAUGUCUAUACAAGUGUGUUGAACGCCGAGUGGUCUAUAUCACUGUAAGCAUGUAUACAUAACAGGGGUCCUUUACUGAGGGCCCCUCUUAGGCGUCUAACUGCCAAAUCCUUUUCCGUAGUAAUCAAGUGUUGGCUGGUUAUCAAACAUGCCCGCAGAAUCUCCGUGGUUCUUCUAGCUGCCCGCAAGUGCGGGCGCGCCCUCUCUUAUAUCAAAAAAAUACCAAGUAUUUACAUCCUAGGGCCCGAGUUGGUCUCGCCCGUGAUUCAACCUCAAAGAAUUUUGUCAACGCUUUGAAGGAGCGUGGCUACAUAAACUAUGCUUUGUUCACCACUGUAUUUUCUAACGAAAAGAGAAGAUGCGCAUUAAUGUUUGGAGAUUACAAACGAGAGGACUGUAAAAAUGAACUGGCCGAAUUUAAAGCCGCUGGUGACCGUGAGUGGAUCUUAGACGCAGUAGGAGUCCGGUUUCUUGAUUACGAGUCGCGCCGGCGAUAUAGAGUAGGUCCUAACAGUCACUAAGAAAUGGCUUAAGUGCUUGACAUAUUGUACAUAUACACAUACGUUUCAGUUGCUCUUCACAGAAGACAUUUCAAUUUACAUGCCUCGCCAUGUCCUUGUUAGCUUUAUCAACGCCGGGGCAUUGACGUUUAAAGUAAGCUGCACCAAUAAUGUCAACAACUCACGAUUUAGCAAUCUAGUAUGUUUGCCCCUUCAAACACGUAUGCCGUGAAUCUCACAACAUUUGAUAUAAAUCAGCGGCAAUUUUUCGCUCUCAGCAACUCAUUUGCUCUCAAUGUUACACUUCGUUCCAUCAACGUAGCUGCUAAUACAGGUGACCUACAAAUACAUGCGAACGCUUUGGACCCAAAUCCCGACAACGUGGAGUGGGCCGCUGGAGAUGUUUUCUUCCGUGAAUACUGCGUCUCGUUUGAUUACGAACUAAACACUGUUGGAUUCUCUGAACUGUUAGAAAAGCGGCGGUUGUAA